UAUAUAAUCUGGCAAAGUCUUUUUAAAUCAAGAUUAAUAAUUCAUAUUUCUAUUAUCAUAUACAUAAUACAGGUGUGUAUAUGAUAAUUAAGAUGAAGUUGAAUAAUUACAACUUCAUAUUUUUCUUAAUACUCAUCAUCUUCUUCUUCUUAAGUGGUACUACUACUUCAUCACCAGCUCACUAUAGUACUACUAAAGAAGUUACAAUGAAAACCAUAACAGUUGACAAGUCAGGCAAAGGAGACUUCACCACUGUGCAACAAGCCAUUGAUUCUGUACCAGAAGAUAACAAUGCUUGGAUUCGCAUCCAUAUUAAAGCCGGCACUUACAAUGAAAAAGUAUCAAUAGAAAGAAGGAAACAAUUCAUAUUUUUGGAAGGCGAAAGACGCAGCACCACUAUGAUUGCAUGGGGAGAUGGCGGAGACGUUGUUAAAAGUCCUACAUUUUCAUCUCACGCUGAUAAUUUUGUCGCAACUAGAAUAACAUUCAAGAACUAUUAUAAUCAUCCUGUAAUGACGAAUAAUGGUGAUUAUUAUAAAGAUAGGGAUGGAAAGAAGAUUUUGUGGGCACCAGCGGCACUUGUUGAGGGAGACAAAGCUAGCUUCUACGAUUGUGCUUUCAUUAGUGUACAAGACACAUUAUUUGAUGCUCUUGGUCGUCACUAUUUUCAAAAUUGUUAUAUCGAAGGUGCAAUAGACUUCAUUUUUGGCGACGCACAAUCCUUUUAUCAGAAAUGUAACUUAUUUGCUGACACUGCACUUUUGGGACCUGGGCAAAGUUAUGGGUAUAUAGCAGCUCAAGGGAGAAAGAAUCAAAGUGAAAGUAGUGGCUAUGUAUUUUUUGGUAACACCAUAAAGGGUUCAGGUCCUACAUUAUUAGGCAGAGCUUAUAGACCUUAUUCAAGAGUUUUGUUUUACAAAACCUAUAUGAGUGAUGUUGUUUUGCCUCCGGGCUGGGACGCCUGGAACUACGUCAGUAGCGAGAAGGACAUAAGUUUUUAUGAGGAGAUGUGUUUUGGACCUGGAUCAAACAAAUCUAAAAGAGUGAGUUGGGAGAAGAAAUUAUCACCUGCUGAAAGGAGUUUCUUGACUAAUAUAAACACUUUCAUUAAUCAAGAUGGAUGGCUACAAACUCAACCAUUAUAUAAUUCAAAUGCUACUUAAAAAUAACAUCACCACACCACAUAUAUAUUACUAUAUAUAUUUGGUCUCAAAUUAAUAAUUUCAUGAGAAUUGUAAUUGUAUUAAUAUAUAUAUAUAUAUAGUCCAAUUAUCAAAUGUUAAUUGGAUUUGUUAUGCUUUUGUGUUUUGACAUUAAUAUGGUAAUAUUGGCUUUUAU